UGGACAUGCCGACCCCCCUCUAACACGCUGCUUCCGUUCGGGACGUGUGCGCAGGCCCAGUGACCUCUCUCUUAUAUUUUAUUUACUCCUGAAAUCCAAGAUGGCUCCUGUGAAUAUCUCGGUCCCAUAGCAAUCCGAGGAUGCAAGUAGCUACUGCAAAAGCAACUUUUCCCCGACCAUUACACCCCCUGGAAUUCAAUUCGUAUGGUGCGGAGGACCCCCUCGCAUCCACAUAGGCGCUAAGGAGCCUUUGCGCCUUCGCGAAACGGCCUUCAAGUCACCAAAUUUGGAGUAGUUUCGCGAAGUAGCUUUGCGCCGUCGCUUGUCUGUCCGGAGCGAGGUUCAAGGCAGGCGAGCUCAUCACAAAUGGCCGAACCGAGAAAAGUACCAUUUGUCACCCUGUCGGCCUUCGCAGCCGGAUCCGCCGCGGAGUCCAGGAAACGCCGGCUAGAGGAUGAGGCCGACGUCAACUUUGAUGGAGACGGCGAGGUCGAAGCGACAGCGACCGGGACAGGAGGUGGCAACGGACGGUUCGGCAAAACAGGCGACAGGGACAAGGCAGGAGAAAGGAAGAUGACGGUGCGGUUGAACCUGUCUCUGUCCGAGCCCAACGACCACUCAUCCGCCGAGUUUAAUUACACCGAACUUGUCCAAAAUGUCCAGUUAAAGAAUAAGCCCCCAGUUGUGACUCCGGCCCCCAAUCCAGCCGACCCCUUCAUUGAUGACGAGCGAGAACGACUGCAGGUCGAGGCCCUGGCUAAAAAGUUUGAAAACAAAUAUGGAAAUACAGGAAAGAAGAGAAAGGACAGAAUGCAGGACUUGAUUGAUAUAGGCUUUGGCUAUGAUGAAACAGAUCCUUUCAUUGACAAUUCAGAAGCGUAUGAUGAGCUGGUUCCUGCCUCGCUGACUACAAAGCUUGGUGGAUUUUACAUCAACACCGGGACGCUGCAGUUCAGAGCAGCCUCAGACUCGGAGGCAGAGGAGGGGGGCAAGCUGAAUUACAGUGAAGAGCAGACAAUUAAAAGGAGGAAGAAAGAAGGGAACAAUUUGGAGGAGAAGAAACCCAGGAAAAAAGGAGUGGCCAAACAAGGAGUGGCCCCCCUCAACCUCCAUCGACCAGAGAAGAAGAAGAGGAAGAAGCUGAUGAAAGACUCUUUGUGUCUGGCUGCCAUGCUCCGCCGCUUCACACGGGAGAAGGAAGAGAUGAGGAAGAAGAAUUCCAAUCCAGGGCACCCUAGCCUAGCUGGAGGACUGGCUAACAAACCCCACUCUGCCAACGCCACAAACCACCUGCUAGCUUCCAAUUCCACUCAUUUCCAGUGCAACUCUACCAAUAAUGACGUCUCCCUGGCUGACCUCACCUCUGACCCCACUGUGAUGUCACUCCUGGGCUCAGCUAACGAGAAGGAGCUGCAGGAUCUCCUAGGCGACCUGGACUUUAGCUUGUUGGACUCAGCACCGCAGCAUGUCAUGGUGACGGCCAGAGAGAACGGCCUUCUGGGGGUCGGAGUUCCAGCACAGAAGGCAGCAGGAGGUGGUGGCCAAGGGAGGGGGCUGGGGGCUUCUAGUGGACUUUUUUCACCGCCUCCACUGCCGGAUGGACUGCCUGCUCCUCUUAUCAAACGCAUCGAGGACUUGCGGGUGGCCUCACGUCAGUUUGAUCAGGAGGGCAGGAAGAAAUUCUUUACCUUGGACAUGAAUAACAUCCUGCUGGACAUUGAGCUGCAGGUGCAAGAGCAGCCAUCGGAGGUGCGUUCUGGCAUCUACUCCCACUUGGAGGCCUUUGUGCCAUGCAACAAGGAGGCCCUCCUCAAACGCCUCAAGAAGCUCAGCUUAAACAUCCAGGACGACCGCUUGCGGACACCACUGUUGAAGCUGAAGUUGGCAGUGUGUAGCGUGAUGCCUGAGCAGAUAGCAAGAUACAACAUGGACUGCAUGGCCAAGGCUACCAAACAGCAAUCAGAGGAGGGUGAGAGGAAUGGCUCGGAGGAUGAUGAUGAGGAGAAGCCAGGAAAGAGGGUGAUAGGCCCACGAAAGAAGUUUGUCUGGGAUGACAAGCUGAGGAGCCUGCUGUGCAGUUUGGUGCGGGUGAAACUGAGUUGCUAUGAGUUGGAGAACCCAUGCUCUUUGUCUGUAGAGGACUACCUAAAAGCCUUCAUGGAGAAUGAAGUCAAACCACUGUGGCCCAAGGGUUGGAUGCAGGCCAGGAUUCUGUUAAAAGAGAGUCGUGCAGCACACAGUCACCUUACUGGAAACCUUGUCAAGAGGAGAAUGGUGACUGGGCCCAAGGCUAAAGCCAAGGAAGGCCAAUGGAUCCAGAAACCCCCUCUUUCCGUGGCUACUGCUCUGUCUGUGCCCACCUCCUUGUCUGCUAACCGCCGCCCUACCUCCUCCUCUCCCUCAGAACCCAUCUGUCUUUCAGACUCUCUGGACGAGGAUCUGACUGCUCCCUCUCUUGACUCUAUAUCUCAUGCCCUGGCCCUGCUCAGCAGCGUCUCUAAGGGCCUGGGCUCUACAGAUAGUCCUAUGUCUCCCCCACCCCUCCAGAUCCCCACUUCUUCCCCUCCCUCUGUCACCCCUCACUACCCCUCUGUCUCCCACCUUUCUGCCUCAGCAGCUCCUAAACCACAACAUUCCCUGUCCAAGAUGGAGUCUGCUAACCCAACUGUUGUGCCCGGUGGUUACCAAGCAACAACAAUGCCAUCUUCCUCUUCUACUAUUUCCAUCUCAUCCCCCUCCCCUUCCACAUCAAUCUCCACUCCCUCCAUGGUUCGUCUGCAGGCAGCAGGCUCGGUGUUGGCCUCCAGGGCUACUGACGCCACCUACAGCCUGAUCAAAGGGUCCGGUGCCAUAGGCCAAAACCAGAGUCAGAGACAUGUUUCGAUGCCAUCCACCACUCACAGGCCUGGUUCGGGGGUAGGAGGAAGCAACAAGCUCCACCCCCAGCCCUCCACAUUACCCCAACAGCGUCCUCCCCCUACGGCCUCCCCUCUGUUGCUCCCACACCACAAGGGCUUCAACAGACCGGGGGGAGUGCUUGGCACCAUGGGAGCCGCUAAAGGACUGGCCAAGAGCAGCACCAAAGUUGCAAGCCAAGCCAGCAGCAACGGGGGGGCCGGGGGCACCCUCCCCCCAGCCUCUUCCCCAUCCUCCCAGUCCAGGUCCAAUUCCCACCCCUCUUACCCCAAGUCCUUUUGCCCGCCGUCGCUUGUGGCCUCCUCCCCUUCCCAUACCGCCGCCUCUUCCCAGAGCAAGUCUCAAACCUCCCAACAUCACACCCACCACCACCAGCCCAAUUUCAUCACACCCAUGCAGGCCACACUUACCAAGUCCUCCCACAGCAGCAACUCCUCUCCCAUCAUCAAGCUCACCCCGCGGCCCCCUGCCCCUACCCCACCUCCCUCCUCCUCCUCCUCUUCCUCCCCCUCCUCUUCACCAUCACACUCUCUCACCCACCCCCAGAUAAUGCCUGGCCAGCAGCAUCAGUUCUCCUCCAAAACUCCUGGCUUCCGGCCCCACUUCAGCCUACCUGCUGGUGGUCAGGUGAAGCAGAGCCAGGGCGGUUGUAGCUUCGUGGUGGGGGGACAGAAAGCUCAGCCUGUUAGCAGCAGCACCAUUAACAACAGCACCAACCCCAAUAACAAAAACAACAACAUGGGAAGUGUGAUGUCAGGCACGAUUACUACAGACAAAAGCUCCUCCCCCUCUUCAGUCCCGGCCAAUCAUGGUCAGAGGCAGAGGUCUGUGGGUGGGGCUAGUCAGGGUUCCAAGGCAGGAAACAGUCGGGCGACUUCCGGAACUCUGUCAACACCUUCUGCCUCUCCACAGCUUGCGCAGGUAUCUUCAGCAGGCAGUCCGCUCCUGGCCAACCCUGCUGCCCUGCCUCUAGGCUUUGGUAUGUUGGGAGGACUAGUCCCUGUCUCGCUGCCCUUCCAGUUCCCCCCGCUGCUUAACUUCAGCCCCCCUGGGGCGGCAGGGGCCGGCGGCAUGGGCACAGCCCCUGGUGCCAACUCAGGAUACACCCUAGCACAGAACGACUUAAUAGAUCUAUAUAAGAGUCUCCAGUCAGGGUCGCAGGCUGCCCUACCUCCUCACUUGCAGCUUGCUUUCUCAGAUGCCAACCAAAGCCAGGGUGGAGAUGUGAAGAGACAGUCCCACUGACCAUUGACGGAGGAGGAUGCAGAUGCUGACUGGGUGACAUCACUGCGUCUCCUGAGACAUCUGCCCGUGGAGGUCCUCACUUUGACAGACUGAUUCAGUAAUGUAACAUGUGGGGUGUGCGUUUAUAUGGACCUAAAAGAGUCGAUUUGUUGUCACUACGAUGGUCAUAACAAUGAAUCAAUAAGUGUAUUUUAUAAUUACCGGGUAUAAGAACAAGACGUCUGAGUGAAUGAUGAAAUUUAUUUUUAUUUUGCUUUCUUUUUUUUUGUCGACAUGUUUACAUAUGACUGACCUUGAUCACUGUGGAAUAAGAGCGUGAGUUACGCAGCAGUACAGGAGAGUAGUCUUACGCUACAUAAUAUAAUUCGUAUUUAAGCUUGUGUGGAAUAAUGGGAGUCUUUGUUCUUGCAGUACAAAAAAAAACAGUUAAAGCAAUGAACCUUUUAUUUUUCUGUCUUUUGUCUUGAAUGUGGGAAUCGCCGUGUCCGUAGAAUUUUAUUGUUGGUCACCUCUGCUCCCACAAAUGACUGUUAAGUAGUAGCUUAUAUUGAUAAAUUAUUUGUAUUUUACACAGGGACAAAAAAAAUGAGUAAGAUGAAAGAGUUGAGGCGAGGUUGAAUUGAAUGUGUGUGUAUGUACAUACAUACAAUAUACUGUAUUUUCUCUCCAGGUUCUUAGUCUGUGUGAAUGAGCAAGAAAAUGUGUUCUCGUGUGAGUGCGCGUAUGUGUGUGUGUUCCCCUCUCUUGCUCAGUGUCUAUGGUGCUGUAUAUCACACUGGACCUUUUCUGGGAAAGACUUGAAAUGAAAAGUUAUGGACUCCUCUUCUGGCGAGAGGAACAAGUUGUGAGAGAGGGGAGAAAUGUGAGAUUGUAGCCUACUUGAAUUAUUUUUUUUGGGGGGGGGGUGGGGUAAAUUAAGAUU